AUGCAUCGAUCUCAAUGUAUUGAACUGCAUUCAUAUAAAGAAAUGAUUGAAAAAGCCAUUGAAAUAGGAUCUCAACAGCAUUGUCCUCAUUGUCAAUUAAAAGGUCUAAAAGAUGAUGGCUGUACGCAUAUGGUUUGUGAACGAUGUGGACUUAAUUGGUGUUAUCUAUGUGGAAUGAAAGAAGAAGAGUGUUUAGUAGAUGAUCAAGCUGAACCAAGUUUAUCAGCACAUAAUCAAAAUUGGGAAACGCAUGAAGGUCGUUGUCCAAUGAGUCUUGUUAGUAUACAUGAACUUGAUGAACGGUGGCCACAGAAUGAUCGAGAUUGUUUAGAAUACUUUCAUCGUUAUCGAACAUUAUGUCAACUUUAUAAUGUAUUUAAAAUAAUUGGUGAAGAUAAAUUCGAUGAACUUAAUGAUACUUUUGGUAUUAUUGAUGGAUCAGGCUAUAGAAUUGAAGAAAUAAGAGAUUAUGAAAAUAGAAUUUUAAUUAAUUAUUCACCGAACGAUAAUAAUUGA